AUGGAUUUCGAUUCGAAAUAUACCCGAGGCCCGUUCAUUGAAAGCGGUUCCUUCGGGGAAGUAAGUCGUGUCAGUCGAAAAAGCGAUGGAGUUGAGAUGGCCUUGAAAACGAUAUACAAAUCCAGACUACCUCAUUAUGCAUGUACAGCUCAAGGAGAAUAUCCGUUCGAAGUAGAGCUUCUAAGAAAUCUCAACCAUCCUCACAUUAUCAAGUUUAUGGAUUCGUUUGAGGAUGCGAAAUCAUUUCUACUUGUUAUGGAAUUAGUAACAAAUUCAAUUGACCUCUAUGAUUUCACCAUGAAACGAGUUGAAACCUCUGAGGAUGUGCUUGCCUAUCUUUUUGCUCAGGUAUCUGAUGCAUUACUUUUUUUGCACUGUCAUGAUAUUGCUCAUCUCGAUAUAAAACUAGAAAAUGUCGUUAUGGAUGAGAAUCUCAACUGUAAAUUGGUCGAUUUCGGAAGUGCAGCGGCUUGUAGAAACGGUGAAAUGUUCUACCAUCCUCGAUGUUCACAGCCUGCAUGUAGUCCAGAAAUUUGGAGUGGACGCAGUUUUUAUGGAAAAGAUGCGGAUUGCUGGGCGUUAGGCGUACUUUUGUACAGAUUAUGCUAUCGAGAGACUCCGUUUAUAUCCUGCAGUGAAGCUCUCAGCCUUGACUACGUUUUACCGGAUGACGUUUCACCAGAAUUGGACGAUCUUUUUUCUCGUGUUUUCCACGAGACUGUAAUAUGUCGAGCCGAAGCUUGGGAAGUUCGACAUCAUCCAUGGACACUGUCAGGGAACAGAAAAGGCUAUAACCUCAGCGAUCUCAUUGUGAAAGAAAUCGCUCAUAAUUCUGCUGCAUCUGAGGACAGUGCUGAGGAUGGCGGUUACUUAUCUGAAAAGUAA